AUGAUGCAUGUAAAGAGAGAUUUUGAGGUGAAGUUGAGCAAGAAUGAGGUGGUGGCGCCAGUAAUGCCUAUACAAGAGAAUAGGCUGCCACUUUCCAAUCUCGACUUGCUCUUGCCGCCGGUGGAUGUCGGCGUUUUCUUUUGUUACAAGAAACCUGAAAAUUUUACGUUUGAAUCAAUGGUGGUUGUUCUUAAGAAGGCCUUGACACAAACUUUAGUAUCAUACCAUGCAUUUGCAGGCGAGCUUGUGAAGAAUGCCUACGGGGAGCCCGAACUUCUCUGCAACAACCGGGGUGUUGACUUCGUCGAAGCCAUGGCCGACAUAGAGCUCAAGGAUCUUGAUUUGUACAAUCCAGAUGCCACUGUAGAAGGGAAACUUGUACCAAAGAGAAAGCAAGGUCUGCUGGCCAUACAGGCCACGCAACUGAAACGUGGCGGAAUGGUGGUGGCGUGUACAUUUUCUCAUCAGGUGGCGGAUGCCUACUCCGCCAACAUGUUUCUCAUUUCAUGGGCGGAGAUGGCUCUCUCCAAGCCAUUAUCUCAAAUCCCAUCCUUCCGCCGGUCAAUUCUUUUCCCUCGCGACCCCACCAGUUACGACGUUUCAGUAGGCAACAUGUACGUUCCAAUUUCAGCUCUGCCGCAGCCGGAGGCGGACGAUCAACGUUCUGAUGCCGAUGAUGAUGAUGAUGAUGAUGAUGAUGAUGAAAUAGCAAUAAGUCGCAUAUAUUAUAUCAAAUCUGAUCGAAUCAAUGAUCUCCAGUUAUUGGCUAAUACUGAAAAUGACAGUAGCUGUUCUAGGAGAAAAAGGACUAAAUUGGAGGCGUUCAGUGCCUUCCUGUGGAAGAUGAUUGCUAUCGGAGAAUUUACGCGAACUGAUAAGUUUUGUAGACUGGGAAUUGUGGUUGAUGGGAGGACUAGAUUGAUCAAUGGAGACGAAAAUCAAGCGAAAUUGAUUGAACCAUAUUUUGGCAAUGUUCUGUCAAUCCCAUUUGGGGAGAAGAAAAUUAAAGAAUUGAAGGAGAGGCCAUUGAGUUGGAUUGCAAAUGAAAUUCAUGAGUUUUUAGAUGCUGCAGUGACAAAAGAACAUUUCUUGGGGCUAAUAGAUUGGGUGGAGGUUCAUCGUCCCGAGCCAGGUCGGGCCAAAAUAUACUGUGCAAGGGCAAGUGAGGAUGAGCCGGCGGUGGUGGUGUCAUCGGGGCAGCAUUUUCCGGUGAAAAAGAUGAAUUUCGGGUGGGGAGAACCUUGUUUUGGUUCGUACCAUUUUCCAUGGAGAGGGAAAUCUGGUUAUGUUAUGCCAAUGCCAAGUCCAAAGGGGAAUGGAGAUUGGAUUGUUUACAUGCACUUGUUGAAAGGGCAGUUGGAGUUGAUAGAGAAUAAUGCAGCUAAUGUGUUUAGUCCUUUGACUUCUGAAUAUCUAUGCUUAAACUGA